GUUGAAUGUAGAAUACUACACGGCCAAAAUUUCAGUUGUUGCGUUACACUAAUGUCGUCGUUGUCCUUUCUGCCUCACACCCUUACACCUUCGUCUGGUCAUAAGAGGAAACUCGAGAAAACUUCACAGAAACCUUCGAAAAGAAUAAAACACGAUGAUGAGACAGACGAACACGUGCCUACUGGAAAUGUAAUUGUUUAUAACGAACAAAAUGAGGAUAUUCGGAGCCGAUCAUGUCCAUACCUGGAUACAAUACGGAGAAACAUGUUAGAUUUUGACUUUGAGAAGCUUUGUUCUGUUUCGUUAUCCCACCUCAACGUUUAUGCGUGUCUCGUCUGCGGGAAAUACUUUCAGGGUCGUGGCAAUUCUACGCAUGCGUAUACGCAUAGCGUUAGUGAAGGUCAUCAUGUCUUCCUUAAUUUGGAAUCUCGACGGUUUUAUUGUUUACCCGAUGAUUACGAGAUUUUAGAUGGAUCACUGGAAGAUAUCACAUAUCUUUUGAAUCCCACUUUCGACCCCUCCGAAAUUUCUGCUUUGGAUAAAAACUCAAAAAUGGUCAGAGCUUACAACGGUCUUACAUAUUAUCCUGGUGUUGUAGGUCUUAAUAACAUAAAAGCUAAUGAUUAUUGCAAUGUCAUAUUACAAAUGCUCAGUCAUAUAAGUCCGUUACGAGACUUCUUCUUGAACACAAAAAAUUAUGAAAAUUCACGUAUAAGUUCAGGAGAUCAAAUGGUACUUUUGGUUCAGAGAUUCGGUGAACUAAUUCGAAAACUGUGGAAUCCCCGCAACUUCAAAACUCAUGUUUCACCCCAUGAAUUCUUACAGGCGGUUGUAUUGUGCAGUAAAAAACGUUUCCAAAUAACUGAACAAGGAGAUGCUGUUGAAUUUCUGUCCUGGUUGGUUAAUACAAUAGAUAAAGCUUUGAAGCCCAGAAGAACUCCCCAAUCCACCAGCGCAGUUAAUAUGGCUACUAAAAGUAUUAUAUCUUCCACCUUACAAGGGAAGAUGAGGAUGUACAGUCGGAAAAUAAUGCCUGUGAAUCUAACGGAAGAAGAAAAAGCAUCACUGGCUGAUAGUCCUGAGUAUAUGACAACAAUAUCAGAUACGAAUUUCUUCUACCUGACAUGUGAUUUACCACCACCUCCGUUGUAUUUAGAUGAAUUUAAAGAAAACAUUAUCCCGCAAGUUUCGUUAGCUACUUUGCUUGCAAAAUUCAAUGGUGUUACGGAGAAAGAAUAUAAAACUCAUCGAGAUUCUACUAUGCGUCGGUUUGAGCUUCGUCGACUUCCUUCAUACUUAGUCCUGUAUAUGAAAAGAUUCGUUAAAAAUAUUUUUACUUUGGAGAAAAAUCCAACAAUAGUGAAUUUCCCGAUCAAAAGUAUUGAUUUUGGAGAUCUUUUAGCUCCUGAAUUUCGAGCUAAACAUAGGUAUACUACGUACGAUCUGGUAGCUAAUGUUGUGCACGAUGGUCCUCCAACUCCUGGUUCUGGAACUCACCGUAUCCACUUGUUACAUCGUGGUACCGGAAAAUGGUUCGAACUACAGGAUUUACAUGUAACUGAAGUUCUGCCACAAAUGAUACCACUCAGUGAGACACUUAUUCAGGUGUGGGCUGUAAAUAAAUCUAUAGUUAAUCCACACUUUAAAGAGCCUACAAAGUUACCAGAUCAGAUGACUGAAGAAAAGGUUGAGACAGAAGACACUAAGAUGGAAGAAGCAAUUCAAAGUGAAGAUGUCAAAGAAGCGGAGACUAUGGAAACAGACUCUGAAACACAUGAAUAAUUUGUAAUAUACCUUUUGUGUUGUUUUCGACAAUAGUAAUCAACGGCACGAUUAAUGAAAUCGAUAUAACCUGCAGAAGUUUUACUGUUGAUAUGGCCUAUGUGAUCUUAAAAUAAAUUCUUCCGAAAAA